AUGUUGCAUCAUUUGAUGGUGGGGACUUGGACCCCGCCAGGGGCCAUCUUCACCUUUGAAUUCAACGACGAGGAGUUGACAUUGAAGCUGAUCAAGAGAACAGCAAUUCCCGAGAAUGAGCCAAUUUCAUGGAUGACAUUUGACCAUGCAAAAAAGAACAUUUAUGGAGCGGCGAUGAAGAAAUGGUCCAGUUUUGCUGUGGAAAGUCCAACUGAGAUCAUCCAUCAAGCGUCACAUCCCAUGGAGCAUGAACCUCAAGCAUCAAGUCCAGACACGAACACACGAGCAAUCUUCGUCUUGGCAGCAAAGCAACCACCGUUCAGCGUGUACGGCAACCCUUUCUAUGACCACGCUGGUUUCGGGAACGUCUUCUCAGUCAAUCAGGAAGGAGCGCUCGAGAAAUGCGUCCAAAAUUACGAGUACAGUCCCAAGACAGGAAUCCACGGCAUGAUCUUCGAUCCCACAGAAACGUAUCUUUACUCGGCAGACCUGCGGGGCAACAAAGUCUGGACUCACAAAAAGGACGCCCAAGGCCAACUGACGCUCGUUCACUGCGUGGGAGCUCCUGAUCCAGGUGAUCAUCCGAGAUGGGUGGCGUUGUAUCAAAAUUAUUUAUAUGUUUUGAUGGAGGCGGGUAACCGGCUGGCGGUCUAUGUGAUCGAUGAGCAGACUCAUAUUCCAGUGUUUACACACAUCACAUAUCCUUUGAUUCCUCCAGGAAUCCCAAACUCCAAAACGAUGUAUCGGUCAGAUGUCGUCUUCCUCUCCCACAGCAAGAAAUACCUCUUCGCCACUUCUCGUGCAAAUGCACACAAUCUGACCGGCUACAUUGCGGCGUUCAAACUCGGCCUUGCGGGGAACAUCGAGAGACAAAUAUGCCUGAAUCCUACCCCAACGAGUGGUGGGCAUUCAAAUGCAGUCAGUCCUUGCGAUUGGAGCGAUGAGUGGCUUGCAUUGACGGAUGAUCAACAUGGAUGGAUCGAAAUUUACCGCUGGAAGGACGAGUUUCUGGCGAGGGUUGCACAUUGCGAUGUCAAGGAGCCUGGGUUUGGGAUGAAUGCCAUUUGGUAUGAUUAG